AGUGAAAAAAAGAUCUCUAUGGAAAAUUAAGAAAGUUUGAAAGCCAUAAACAAUUCCACCUUGCUAGUAGGAGUUAGUUUAUUUUUGUUGGCCUAUCCAUUCCUUCAAAGCACCAACCUUUUGAACUCUCCAACCUACUGUUCCAAAUAUCAAUAACAAACCCAAAAGAAAAACCUGGGACAAAAAAGGAAACAAAAGCCAACAUCUCAUACACCUUUGUGUAAUAGAGUCCCAUUUGUUAGAAUUAAGAAGCCACUCAAUUCAUCACUUUCUCCCUUUCCCUCAACCAGCAAGAAACGAGAGAGAGAGAGAGAGAGAGAGAGAGAGUGAUCGAUUCCAAUGGAAGUUUCAUGCAAAAUUUUGAGAAGAUCGAUUCACAGUUUUCUUCAGAACUACCAUUAUUUCACCUCAACUGCAGCUUUUCUAGCCUUCCCUUUCUCUGCAUCAAUACUCCUAUCACAAGCUCUGGUUCCAGCCUCUUCAACCCUUUUGUCCCAAAUACACAGUCACCUAAGGACCCUCUUUGAUGCUGCAGGCUUUCCCUCUUCAUCACAAUUGUUCACCAUUCUCAACCUUAAGGUUUCUCAAACAAUCACAUCCUCAAUCUUCACCCUUCCUUUCACUCUCACCUUUCUCCUCUUUUCAAAAGCAUCAAUAAUUCAAGCUCUAAAUCAUCAUAAACCAACUUUGCCACCUUCCUUCACUUGCAUCAUAUUCCAUUACAAAUCCCUCUUCCACACCUAUGUCUACAACUCUUUCUUCAUUCUCUCAGCAAAUGCAUCUUCCUUUUGCCUUUUCUUUCUGGCCUUCACCUUUGCUGAAGGACUAGGAUUCUCUUCACCAAGUUUCACACUUUUCAUGUCAGUUUCAGCUGUAGUUCUUUUUUCUGUGAUCCUUGGCAAUGCACUUGUGAUAUGCAACAUGGCUUUGACUCUAUCUGGCAUGGAGGGUCAUGGUGGGUACCUGGCAAUUCUUAAGGCCUGUGUUCUUCUUAGGGGAAGGACAUCAAUGGCUUUGUUUCUAGCACUGCCUUUCAAUGCAUGCCUUGCUGCUGUAGAGGCUUUGUUCCAGUUCAGGGUUGUGAGGGCAUAUCACAUUGGUGGAAACUCAUCAUCAUGGCCUUUUAUAGCUUUGGAGGGCAUUUUCAUUGCUUACUUGUACUCAGUUUUCAUCACCAUUGACACAAUUGUGAGCUGCAUGUUUUACAAAAGCUGCAAGAUGGGGUUGUCGAAUGAUCAGAAAGGCAAGCAUUUUUUGAGGAUUGAAUUCCCAGAGGAGGACAAUUAUGGUCAUUUGGCAUUCAAGAAUUUUGAAGAACUGCCAUAAUAAGUAAUAUAAGGUAGCAGCAUAUUCUUGCUAUCAAUUUGGUCAAGGCUAUUCUUCAAAUUGUUCACAGAUUUAAACUACCUAGGAUGAAUUUGAAAUAUUCAUUCUCGAACCAAAUGGAGCAAAUUUCAAGGGCAUAAAGGUUUCUAAAAGAGGAACCUCUUCUCAGCC